AUGGCCAGGCAAUCUGAUGUUCACGUUGCUGACAAUAUCAUUGAGGACAGUGAUCGAAAUACCCCAGAGGCCAUGCCUGAAGGCACUGAUCAACAUGAUCCUGUGGUUAUCAUAAAGGAAAAUGAUGAGCAUCCAUUGAGAAGCAAGUGGAGCAUUCCAAUCUUUAUCUUCUCCAGAGAUUUAAGGCGUGUAUUCAAAAGGGAUGAACUUGGUCGAGAGAUAUGGGAGAUUGCUUUUCCUGCUGCCUUGGCUUUGGCAGCUGACCCAAUCGCUUCCUUAAUUGAUACUGCAUUCAUCGGUCGUCUAGGUCCAGUGGAGAUUGCGGCUGUAGGAGUCUCUAUUGCUAUAUUUAAUCAAGCUUCAAAGGUUGCCAUAUUCCCACUGGUCAGUAUAACAACUUCAUUUGUUGCCGAAGAAGAAACUAUUGGAAAAACAUGUGCCAGCAUAGAAGAAGAUGAAAACCCUAGGACAUGCUCAACUAAGAACAUAGAAAAGAAAGAGUCAAUGCCUGAUGAUGAAAUGCUUGAGAAUUUGGAAAGGGGUUCCACCAACAACCGUGAAGUGAAAGAUUUAGUUCUAGAAGAAGAUUUUUCUGCAACUUCAUGUAAGUGCGCUCCAAUAUUCAGUAGCAAACCAAAAAAAGCCAAGUUGAGCAAGGAAAGGUGACAUAUCCCUUCCGCAUCUACCGCACUAAUACUUGGCGCGAUCCUUGGUCUCUUACAAGCAUUGUUUCUGAUAUUUGGUGCUAAACCCCUCUUGGCUUUUAUGGGUGUAAAAUCUGAUUCUCCCAUGAUGACCCCUGCUAGAAAGUACUUGACGUUAAGAUCAUUGGGGGCUCCUGCUGUUCUUCUUUCUUUGGCAAUGCAAGGCGUGUUUCGUGGCUUCAAGGAUACAAAAACUCCUCUCUAUGCCACUGUUGCAGGAGAUCUCACAAAUAUUGUCUUAGAUCCAAUACUUAUCUUUGCAUGCCAUUUGGGAGUCAGUGGUGCUGCAAUUGCACAUGUUCUUUCUCAGUACUUAAUAUCUCUUAUUCUGCUAUUGAGGCUGAUGAAACAAGUUAAUCUCUUACCUCCGAGUCGUAAAGAUUUACAAUUUCGCCGGUUCUUAAAGAAUGGAUUUCUUUUGUUGGCAAGGGUGAUAGCUGCCACAAUUUGUGUUACCCUUGCUGCCUCAAUGGCUGCACGACUGGGUUCAAUUCCUAUGGCUGCAUUUCAAGUAUGCUUACAGGUUUGGAUGACAUCAUCACUUCUGGCUGAUGGUUUGGCUGUUGCUGGACAGGCAAUUUUAGCAAGUGCAUUUGCAGAGAAAGAUUAUGACAAGGCAACUGCGGCUGGAGUUAGAGUAUUGCAGAUGGGAUUUGUUCAAGGCAUGGGGCUUGCUGUGCUUGUUGGUGUUGGCCUAAGAUUCGGAUCUGGAGUAUUCUCAAAAAAUAUCAAUGUCCAGCAUCUAAUUUUUGUGGGCAUUCCAUUUAUUACAGCUACACAACCCAUCAAUUGUUUGGCUUUUGUCCUCGAUGGCGUCAAUUUUGGAGCAUCGGAUUUUGCCUACUCUGCAUAUUCCAUGGUUACAGUCUCCCUAAUUAGCAUUGCUUCAUUAUUCCUUCUCUCCAAGAGUAACGGUUAUGUCGGAAUAUGGGUGGUUCUCACUAUAUAUAUGGCUCUUCGGGCUCUAGUUGGUCUUUGGAGAAUGGGAAGUGGGACUGGACCUUGGCGCUUUCUCAAGAAAUGACUUCUUCCAUAA